UGUAAAUUUUUUUUUCGGUGGCGGUUGAGCUCGGUGUGCGUUUCUCGGAACUUCGCAGCCCCAGGUCCAACCUCCAUCGGUGGCUUGGUGGAAGAGAUCCCGCUCGCAAGACGAGGUCCAUGUGAUCGUCCUGGCGCAAGAUGCGGCCCUCGAAUUGUGCUCUGCAUUUCCAUUUCCUGUUGGUGGUGCUGGUGCUGCCGCUGGCCGAAGUGAUUGAAGCCUUUGACAUAAGAACAUGUAACGAGCCUCUUGGUAUGGAGUCUGGAGCUAUACCCGACGAAGCCAUCACCGCAAGCUCCUCGUAUGUCCCCAACGUAGGCCCACGGAAUGGCAGGCUACGCGUGGAGAAAGCGGGCGGGGGCUGGUGCCCCAAACAACAGGUGGAGAGCGGUAUCAGGGAGUUCAUCCAGGUGGACCUGGGGGACGUCCACGUGGUCACCGGAGUACAGACUCAAGGAAGAUAUGACCGCGGGAGGGGUCAGGAAUACGCCGAAGAGUACACAAUGGAAUACUGGCGACCUGGGUUGGACGAGUGGAGAGAGUACAAGAGGUGGGAUGGCAAACAGAUCCUGAGAGGAAACAGCGACACCGCUUCCGUCGAGAGCCAUAAGCUAAUGCCGACCAUAUUCGCCAGCAAGGUGAGGGUGUUGCCGCACAGCAUCCACAGAAGGACGGUCUGCCUGAGGAUGGAGCUGCUGGGAUGCCCUUAUGACGGUGGUGUGGUAUCAUACAGCGCCCCCCAGGGCUCAGAACCCUCUCAGGGUCUCUACGACAGCUCCUACGACGGCGUCAAAUCCGAUGGACAGCUAUCCCUCGGCCUGGGCAGGCUGGUGGAUGGGGAGGUGGGUUUGGAUAACUUUAGGCUGGACAUUGGAUACGGAAAAGGUAAUGGAUGGGUGUCAUGGAAAAACGACACUUUUUCCGAGGGCUUCGUGGAAUUGGUGUUUGAAUUCGAUCAAGUGAGGAACUUCAGCGCUGUCUACCUGUAUACCAACAAUUUUUUUAGCAGAAACGUGCAGGUGUUUUCCAAAGCUAAGGUGGUGUUCAGCAUCGGCGGGCGCUUCUACAACGGCCCCACCCUCUCAUACGCCUACAUCCCCGACAGGGUUCUGGAAAACGCCAGGAACGUAUCCAUCAAUCUCCACCAGAAGCUCGCCCGGUUCAUCAAGCUGCGGCUGUUUUUCGCCGACCGCUGGGUCAUGCUCAGCGAAGUGGUCUUCGACUCCGAGCCUGUCUCUCUCAACAUCACCGAGGAGGAGGCCCUCGACGUGGAAGAGAAAGAGUUCAUCAUCAGCUCGAGCGGUGAUAAGGCCCUGGAAGCGUUCGAGACAAUUGCUGCCCGGAAAGACGGAGACACAUACAUGGAAGUAAUAAUAGGCGUGUUAACUGCCAUAAUGCUGCUGCUGCUGAUAGUAUUUGUCAUUAUACUUAUCCUAAAUAAAAGGCACAAAUUGCAAGGCUCCCCCACUAUCCUCAGAAAUCCAUUUGGAGUUACGAUAAAUAUGAAGGACCUCCUGAUGAACCUCUCCAGCAGCACCGCUGCUGCUCCUGCUGCUGCCAGCAGACCCAUCACCCCGGUGAGUCAACAAGAGCCUACGUCUGGUGACAGAUCGUCUACGUCGUACGAGCACUACCGAUCACCCCUGGUGACGGGAUACUACGCUCCAAAUUAUGCCACUCUGCGAUGCUCUGCUGCUAUGGACGAGCCGGAAGAGCCACCGGAAGUACCGCCGUUGCCGGACGAUGAGGAACACAGCAUACAUCAGGAGAGUCUCAGUGGGUCGUCACCUCUGCAUUAUAGGAGCCUGCAAAGUACGCCUUCGCUGAGCCCCAGUUCGAAGAUGAUUAAUUUGGGAAAUCAUUUUCCCAAAGUGGCUACGGACCCGCCCAAUCGGAAGCGAUAUCAUACGGCGCCCAGAGAGAAACACAGGAUCCCACCCCCGGUGGUGUGCUGGAACAUAGCGCCCAGCAUGGGCCAUGCCUACUGCUGCAGAGAACCGGAGCUGGUGCCCAUUCCACGCUACUCCCUUAGGCCCCUGGAGAAGAUCGGCGCGUGCCAUGCGGGGGAGAUAACCUUAUACGAAACAGAAGGUCUGGACGACAUCAUACCGGGAGUCUGCCGCCUGGUGGCGGUUCGGACGUCACCUCCAGAGAGGACCAAAACCGAGACGGCCGCCGGAUCGAUGGAGUCUCUGAGAGAAGUUCGUUUCCUAGCCGGUCUGUCGGAUCCUAACAUCUGCAAGGUCCUGGGGGUGUGCACAGCCGAGCAGCCCCCUUGGACCGUCAUCGAAUACGGGGAGAUGGGAGAUUUGGCGCAAUACCUACAGUUCUUAGUCAAUAGGAAUGGUACUGUGCACCCCAAGGCAGACCAGCCUUUGAGCGUCGGCAGCCUCAUCUUUAUGGCAACGCAGAUCGCCUCCGGGAUGAAGUACUUGGAGUCGAAACAUGUCGUCCACAAGGACCUGGCGGCCAGGAACUGUCUAGUUGGUCGAGGGUAUAUAAUAAAAAUAGCGGACGUAGCGAUGUGUAAGCCGCAAUACAGGAAAGAUUACGCUGAAAUCGGCGGUCGACCUCCUGCUCCCAUAAGGUGGUUGCCUUGGGAGAGCAUUCUGCUGGACCGCUACUCCUGCGCUAGCACUGUUUGGGCCUUCGCGGUUACCAUGUGGGAAAUACUGUCGUUUUGCUGCGAAAGGCCGUUUAGCAAUCUAUCCAACGAAAAAGUUAUUCAAAACGCGGAGCACAUGUAUUAUGGCGGGGAACUACAGGUUCUCCUGAACAAGCCGACGAUGUGCACGACGGACAUCUACGAACUGAUGUGCUCCUGCUGGCGUCGCGACGACAACGACCGCCCCUCCUUCAAGCAGAUCUGCUUGUUCCUUAAACAUAGUAAUAAGGAUUACAUUCCUACAGACUGAUCUUGAUGAAAAUUGCUCCGUACAAUCAUGCUCUAAUG